GCUUGAAGCGAGUUGUUCACACAGAACCGAUUCGUGCACGAUUCAUCUCUGAUAGGGAAAAAUGGCGUUUUGAGAAGAGCUAAAAAAAUAAAAUAAAAUAAAAACAUCCUCAUCUACAAACUGGUGUAAUACAGGGUUUCCCAAUGUCCGUGGCUAAUGCGAAACAAGCCGUUUUCAACCCGGUAAUUCCUUUCACAGGACUCAUCCCAGGUGGGCUUCAGCCAGGGGAGAUGGUUGUAGUUCAGGGCUGUGUUCUCAAUCAUGCUGACAGGUUCCAGUUUGACCUGACCUGUGGCAGCAGCACUAAUCCAAGAGCCGACAUCGCUUUCCACUUCAAUCCCCGCUUCAGGAGCGCUCCACGCAUCGUUUGCAACUCCUUACAUCAAGGUGGCUGGGGCCGAGAGGAGAUUCUCGAUCAGAUGCCCUUUAAGCAAGGAGCAUCCUUUGAGACAAUCAUUCUAGUUCAGAAAGAUGUGUUCAAGGUGGCAGUAAACGGAGCUCAUGUCCUGGAGUAUCAGCACAGAAUCCCUCUGCACAGGGUCGACACGUUCUCCAUAUCAGGAAAAGUUCAGAUACAAGCCAUCGGCUACGUCCCAAGCUCAGCAAUAUUUUCAGAAUCAGGUGAUCUGAGUAUACCCUACAGAGGCAGUAUACUUAAAGGGCUCAGUCCUGGACAGCACAUAACAAUUAAAGGCCAUGUCACUUUAUUUCCUCACAGUUUCUCUGUAAACCUGAGGUGUGGCGAGUCAAAGAGCAUCGCAUUACACGUCAACGCACGCAUCAAAUCAGGCACGUUGAUCCGCAACUCCUUCUUAUGCGAGUCUUGGGGACCCGAGGAGAUGGAGCUGUCGUACUUCCCGUUCACAGCUGGGAAAUAUUUUGAGAUCAUCAUCCUGUGCCAGACUCACCAGUUUAAAAUCGCUGUGAAUGGAGAGCAUCUGCUGGAGUACAGACACCGAGUGCAGGACCUGAGCUCCAUCACCCAGCUGGAGGUCCUCGGAGAUCUGGACUUACAGGACAUUAAGCUCUGGUGACUGUCAGCUCAGAAACAGCACACGCUCACUUCAGCACUCAUGCUUAUUUUUUAUUAUUAUUUAUUUUUAUUAAGUGUCACUUUAUAAAUAAGUAAAUGACGGCUGUGUCACUGAUGGAACCUGGGAUUCUGAGACCUGGAUUCGUGAAACCUUUUUCCAUAGUAUAGCAAUUCUAAAUAUAAAAUAAAUGUCUACUUACUUGCUUUGUGUCACAGUGACAUGAAACAUAUUUAAAAUAAUAAUCAGUAUAUUUUUCUGAGAUGUUGCACAGAGCAUUUAGUACGGACUCACAAAAAGCUCUUAUAAUAGCUAUAAUCUGGAUUGAGUGAAGAUCCUGGGCACAGUGUCUGUAAGGACUAAUCAAUGGUUUAAAUUUAUAGCUUUAAUAGCUUUAAGGGUUUACAUGAACCAAUAUUACACGUGUUCUAAGAGUUACACAGUGGGUUAAUUUGUAGUUCGCACAUUUGCUUUGCACCAGCAGGGACAGGGGUUCAAAUUCCCCUCUCUGCCCUGUGUGUGUAGAGUUUGCAUGUUCUCCCUGUGCAUGGGGGGGCUCACUGACAUGCGUUGUAGGCUGACUGGCGUCUCUAAAUUGUCCGUAGUGUCCAUAGCGAGUGUGUGUGUGUGUGUGAAUGUGGACUGUGAUUGGUUCCCGCACAGUCCAGGGUGUCCUCCGUCUUAUACCCCGUGGGAGUCACUUGGGAUAGGCUCUAGGUUUGGCGUGACCCUGUAUACAAUCAUCACUACUGAGUUUUAUUUUUGAGUUGAAGUUCUGAGUGCAUGAUUUUUCUUUCUAUAUUAUAUUAAUCAUAGAUAAAAACCUAACUGCCUGGUCAUGACACUGAAACAGUAAAAUAAAUACAUAUAGCUCCAGAACGCCAGCUCGACUCUACCAGCAGUCGUGUUAAGACCAGACAAAGUGCUGCUUACAUUAUAUCAGAUGCUAUGAUGGUGAAAGCGAUGGCUGGGAAAUGUUCAGCUCAAUAAGUAAACAUGAGGGAACAUCUUUUCCCGAUGUGCCUAAUAUUUAAAUAAAUCUAAAUAAAUAAUUAUUCAGGGGGUGAAAAGAUUGUUUUAUUUUAAAUACCGUAUGCAACCACUUGAAUAACCAACAAAUUAAUGAGGGUAAUUUUCCACCCAUGAUGUUCGUUUGGUUUAAACGGAGGACUGUAUAAUCAGUUUACAAAGAGUGCAAAUGUAUUGUUACGGAGUAACAGUGUUCUUAUCAUUCAUGUGCUUUAUACUGGCGUGUUGAAUAAAGCAUGUAACAAACACAA